AGAGAGAGAGAGAGAGAGAGAGAGAGAGAGAGAGAGAGAGAGAGAGAGAGAGAGAGAGAGAGACCCAAAUGAACCUACAGGCCGAGCCCCUGAACCUGAAGGAGGCCACGGUCACAUGCAUUCCAAGGCUGCGCGGCGGCAGCGGUCGCCGACCGCGCCGGGGAGGCUCGUCGGCUGCUGCCGCGCCGGUGUCGGUGCUGGACCGGCUCCGGGACGUCAUGCUGCGUCUUGCGAUGCUGUCAGCCGCGACGUCGGCACCGACGACCAAGGGCACCCUGCUGCGGCCGGCGACAGCGACGCCGUCUAGAGCGGAGGCGCGCGUGAGCCCGGCGUACGCGGACUCGUACCGGAGCGAGGCGGUGGACGACUGCAUCGAGUUCUUGAAGCGGUCGGCGGCCGGCGCGUCCGGCGGCGCCCCGGCAGCCGUGGAAGCGAGCACGGCGGCGUCACCUUUGCACGCGUCUGCACGUGCCAUGUGAACCGGAAUUAGGUGUACAUCUUCGUUUGCAUGGAGAGAAUCUAAUCCAGGUUGGUGUCUGUAUAUGCAUGAGAGUUGGCACUUGGCAGCUAGGUGGUGGUGAGAUGAGUGGGUGGGUUCAUCGAUCAUGCAUGCAUGUGUUUGAUGUCGUGGUGCCGUGUAAAAAUAACCUCAACUUGUCAAGAACAAUGUUGCUUUUACAAAAAGUAAAUCACAUGUAGAGGUGGUUAAGUGGAAUAUGCUUUGCUACAUGCUGAUCCGUAAGACAGCUCUAUAUCCUUGCACCAACCUUGUUGCA